UUUAGAUAUUUUUUAAACUAUAUUUUGAUGAGGGCAAUAAAAUUUUCUUUUUCAUAGCAUAAAAAUUAAUUAUUAUUAAAAAUAGCUAUGCUAUAAAUAUUAAUGUUUUAAUUAUAAAUAAGAUUAUCCUCUUAUUUUUCCAUAAUGUUAUGUUUUUUAGAACUUUUUUUAGAAUAUUCAAAAAAGCAGUUAAAAGAUAUUUCAUCAUGAAUUUGAGUUUAUUGUACUCUUAUGAUACAUUAAAAAUGCGUUGUUCUUUUUAUUUUAUGUAACGAUUUAUAUUUUUACGUUAUAUUUUAUGUUACAAGUCUCCUGAUGAGAGAGAGAGUAACUUUUGUUUAUUGUUCCUAAUUUAUUUCGUUGCAAUAUUUGACUUAUUUUUUAUUUCUCUUUCUUGCUUCAAGAUUUAUUUUUACUGCAUACUAUUCAGUCAUUGUGUUCAGUCAGCGAAACGUGGUCUUUACGUGAUACAUGUCCGAACUUGUUCAAGGCGGUUCUCAAUUGUUCUUUUAUAACCUCCAUAUUUUUUGUAACAGUGUCGAAAUACAUGUUGGUUAGCAUUGGUUAGGAGUGCUUUUUCUAAUUUAUUAACAUAAUCAUAUAUAAAAUAUACAUAUAAAGGCAAUUUUCCAAUCGCAAUUUACGCGUAUCCUUAUAAUAAAAAUGCGAUUGGAUAAUUUUCAUUAACCAUAUAGUUAUGCAGUUAUGCAGGUUUGUCUUACUAGAUCCUUUAACGUUCGCAACGCUCGCAAGCGACAUUUAUCCUUGUUUAAUAUUCGAUAAAUAUCAAGCAUGGAAUAAGGAAAAGUAUUGCGAGUAUUAAAUGAAACACAUCCUAGACGACUUGUGAGUAAAAGAGGAAACAUUGAAAAUGUAGAAAAUUGGCUUGUUUUUUUCGCUGCACUGUUACACUGGUGCGAAGUUAAAAUGAGAAAAAAUAUAUUUGUCUUACUCUAACCUGUUGCAUCAGGUCAAAGCGUGCCAAGAGAAAGAGAAAGUUGAUCCAGUAGGUUUUCUUUCCUUUUUCGAGGCUCUGACAUGCUUAGAUCCACUUGUUCAAUAUCUACAAAAUUUUUUUUCAAAGCAUAUAAUAUUUGUUUGCUUACUUAAACUCGAUUUGCUAAGAAUAACCUUUCUGUAUGGACUGUACUAAAACAAGGAUAGCUAGCUUUAUUCAUCCCUCCCCCCCUCUUUGUCUCCGUCUCGGCACGCAUUUUCUACGAGGGUUUCUAUAUCAUUUGAGUUCAAAGAGAAAAUGACCUGUAGUCGGUUACAAAAAAAUGUCGCAGAGAGGAGGAAAAGGACGAGGUUAUGGACGAGCGACGUAUAAACAGCAGAUUCCCGCGUCUCAGGAGCAGCAGCUUCCGCAUGCUCAGGCGUCGGCGAGCGGUGGGGCCGUUCGCAAACCAGGACAAUCUGCUGGGCAACCGAGCACUGGGCGCGGUGUAACGCAACGUAUUGGUGAAAGAGGUGAUGGUGCAGCGAUUGGACAGCUUGGCAGAGGCGUAGAAAAACUCGAGAUUCAACCUACUGCUAGUGGAGAUGCUGGUGCUAGUACCAGUGUUGGUGCACCCGCAAGUACAAGUGCAGUUGCGGGUGCAGUCAUGUCGUCGGUAAGAGGUGCGAUCCGCGGCAAGAGAAUUUUGCCUGCUGAUCUUUUUGUUACAAAACCGAAUCAUAUAAAGAACAAAAAAGGUGAAUUUGGCAACCACAUAAUGCUAAAAGUAAAUUACUUUAAACUACUUAGAGCGACCGAUUGGGCUCUUUAUCAAUAUCAUGUUGAUUUUAAGCCCGAAGUAGAUCGCACAAUUGUGCGUAAAGGUUUGCUGAGAAUACAUCAAAAGAGUAUCGGUGCAUACAUCUUUGAUGGUACUGUAAUGUAUACAAGUCGUCGAUUGCCUGACCGAAUGGUAUUCACUUCAACUCGACAAUCGGAUGAACAGCACAUCACGAUUACUGUUCGUAUUGUGGGCGAUAUGCUGGUAGGAGAUGCUCAAUACUUACAGUUUUUUAACAUUAUUAUGAGAAAAUGCUUUGACCAUCUAAAACUAAAAUUAGUUGGCCGCAAUUACUUCGAUCCUCAAAAUAAAAUUCUCAUGCGAGAUUGCAAACUGGAAUUAUGGCCGGGGUAUUUGUCAUCCAUUCGUCAACAUGAACGAGAUAUCUUGAUGUGCGUCGAGAUAACGAAUAAAGUUAUGCGAUUAGAAACCCUGGGAGAUAUUCUCAAUAAUUGUUAUCAGGAAUAUCGCGAAAAUUACCAAGAAGCUUUCUCUAAAACCGUGAUUGGCACGGUAGUGUUAACUGAUUACAACAAUAAUACAUACCGCAUAGAGGACGUUGAUUUUACCACGACUCCUAAUGACACAUUUACUGUGAAAAAUGGUGACAAAAUAACAUAUGUAGAUUACUACAAGAGAAAGUAUGGCGUUAAUAUUUCAAAUCGAAGACAGCCAAUGUUGGUGACGAGAUCCAAAACAAAGGGUCGACAAGCUGAAGAAGAAGAACGUGUUUUCUUGGUGCCUGAAUUAUGUCGUGCAACAGGUCUAACUGAUGCUAUGAGGGAGAAUUUUAGACUUAUGGCGAGUCUAGCUGGCGAGACGCGUCUGUAUCCUGAAAUGCGUAUGACCAGAUUGAUGAGUUUUAAUGGAAGACUUCAAAAAGAACCUGCUAUUGUGAAAGAAUUAGGUGAAUGGAACUUACAGUUGGAUAAUAGGCUACUCGAAAUCCCCGCACGGGAGUUACCCGGUGAAACUCUCUACUUCGGCGGCGGAAAUAAUGCAUCUAUCAAAGUUGAGAGAGGAGACUGGAGCAGAGAUAUGCAGAAAAAGCACUGUGUAGUUUCUCCAAAAUUGAACAAUUGGAUCUUCAUAAUUUCGGAGAGGGAUAAGGGUUUGGCACAGGGGUUUAUAAAUACAUUAUUAAAAGUUUCAUCGGGAAUAUCGUUUCACGUUGAAGAGCCGAUGAAACAGUACAUUCCCGACGAUAGACCGGGUACCAUUAAUGAGAGACUCGAACGAAUCCUUAGCCAACAAAUACCACAGUUGGUGUUCUGCGUGGUAUCCAACAAUCGCAGUGAUCGCUAUUCGACCAUCAAAAAGAAGUGCUGUGUGGACCGUCCUGUGCCAUCGCAGGUCUGCCUGACCAAGACACUGGGACAUAAGAGUAUCAUGUCUAUCGCUACGAAAAUAGCUAUUCAAAUGAAUUGUAAAUUAGGCGGGGCACCGUGGCAUGUGGAAAUUCCGAUUGGAGGGCUAAUGGCCAUCGGAUUUGAUGUCUGUCACGACACAACACUGAAAGACAAAGAUUUUGGUGCUACAGUGGCCACUGUAGAUAGAUAUAUGACAAAAUAUUUUAGCGCAGUAAACGCACACACAAACGGGGAGGAGCUGUCGAAUGAGCUCUCUGAUAACAUCUGUAGAGCCGUGCAAGCGUAUAACUCGGUGAACAAAAAUUUUCCGGAGCGCAUUGUGAUUUACCGCGACGGCGUUGGUGAAGGUCAGGUGCCGCAAGUAUUGGAGCAAGAGGUCGGACAAAUAAGGAAGAAACUCGAUGAGAUGUACAAGAAUGAGAAGAAACCACCGUAUAAGAUGGCUUUUAUAAUCGUGACAAAGCGUUUAAACACACGUUUCUUCUAUAACAAAGGUAACCCGAACCCGGGCACAGUGGUCGAUGAUGUCAUCACAAGCCCGAUCAAGUACGACUUCUUCAUCGUGUCGCAAAAGGUGCGACAGGGCACAGUGACACCUACUGCCUACAAUGUCGUCUAUGACAACCUUGGUCUGGAUCCCGACAAGAUGCAGCGUCUGACGUACAAACUGACUCAUAUGUAUUACAACUGCACGAACACCGUUAGAGUACCAGCGCCAUGCCACUAUGCUCACAAACUAGCAUUCCUGGUGAGCAAGUUCAUUCAUCGGCCGCCAGCCACACAACUGCAGAAGACGUUGUACUUCUUGUAAUUUUUCUCUCAUUUUGCAAUAUCAAUAUCAUACCAUUUUAUAUUUUUUCAGUUUUUUUACAUAGUAUCCAUUUUAUUUUUAUCAGUAUUACAGUAUUCAGGCGAUUUACUUAGAAAACAAAGUUUAUUUUUGUAAUAAUUAAGUAGACAGAAGUUGGAGCUCUAAGAGAGAGAACCAAAUGUUACAAUAUUUUUAUUGCUCUUGAAAGAACACUUAUAAAAUAAUACUUUAUAAGAAAAUACAUUUUUUAUUAUAAAUGAUUAAUAAAAAUUAUUAACGUUGAUAUGAAAUGUUAGAACAAAAAAAUGAUAAGCAUUAAAUUAAGAUAUAAUUUGAAUCUAUAGCAGUGGUUGUUUUUUAGCUCUUUAACUUCUUGGAUAAUUUUUGAGACUUCCGUCAUAAAUUAUAUUGAGGCUAUAUUGAAUUACAGAAAAAAAACUUUUCAUUUAUUUUUUGUAAAAUAUACGACUGUUAUCACGCAUAUUCAAUAUAACUGCAGCAGAGAGUCAAAUUAAUCAGAGUUGCGUCAAUCUAGGUCAGGCCUACAGCCGAGUUACACUUUUCAACAUUUUUUUUAAAUAUUUAUUGCUGUUUCUCUCAUUUCAUAGUUUCUAAGUUACUCGCAGCAUUUUAGAUUGGUUUUAAAGCUGUGAAAUGAGAAAAAUAGGCAUAAUUGUCAAGAAAAUCAAUCGAAAAGUGCAAUCCGGCUGCAGACUUGAUUUAAAUUAUCGACAGAUAAGAUAUCUAUCUACUCGAUAUGAACAUUCGAUUAUUCCUAAUGUGCCAUUUCACAUUUACCUCUCACAUGCUGUUGUAAAAUCAUUAAUUUCGGAAACAUUUUUUCUUCCGUCUGGACAUUGUAUCCGAGCAAUGAAAUGAAAUAAAUGUGUUAUUUUAUAGUUACCAUAAAUCAAUUUAAGUGCCAAGUUUAGUUUUAUCUUUUUGUAUACCAAAGUUACAUACCCCACUAUAUUAUAUGCUACGACUUUCUUCCGAUUUCAGGAUUUAUAAUAUAAGUGAAUGAUUAUAAGAUUAUAUACUUUUAUUGUAUGUUUCUAAUAAAUAUGUGUAAUUUUGAUUGCAUCUGAGUAAAGAAUAUUUUUGACGGUGCUAGUGACAAAUGUUAUGAUUAUUAUUAGGCUAUCAAGCAAAACUAAUAGUUACAAUUUUAUUUAAAAAUUAUGUCAAAUCACAGUCUAUAAC